AGAGCUUCAGUCGUUGCUUGACUCUUCGGCGACGGAGAUUAUCGAGUUCGUAGCCCGCGGCUACAGGAAUUAAAAAUUCGUGCUUGUGCUGUUUCACUGUUGAGAACAUUCAGGGUGACAAGGUAACGAUGAAGUUGCUGAAGUGUCUUGUGCCGGUGGUGGUAAUCCUGUUCGUGGGAUCUUCGAACGCCAGACCUGGUUUGCUCGGCGAGUUGGCAGCUAACCAUGGACUCAGUUUGCUGGAUCCACUGGGUCUCUUCCAAAAGGACAGAGGUGCCCAAGCCUCGAGCAAGGCCCAAUCCAUCGGAAGCAACUUCAGCCUGGGACCACUUUCCCUUUCUAGCAGCAUCGCCUCCUCCUCGUCAUCGGCGCAUGCUUCUGGCGAUGGAUCCGCCUCGGCCAAUGCCAAGGCGAAUUCACAAGCCUUUGGUAGCGGCACUGCGAAUGCUGACGCCUCUGCCACCGCCAAUGCUCAAGGUGGCAAUGGUUAUCCGGGAGCGAAUUACGGUCCCAACUCGGGUGGUGUCUUCGGUGGCGAUUAUAACAGUUACAUUCCACGACGCAAUCGGCAUCACGGUAGUUACGGUGGUUCUCAAUCGGGCGCGGGUAGUGGCGGCGGUUAUGGCGCAAGCGCCGGCGCUAGCGCGGGCUCCAGCGACGGUGCGUACGCAGGCGCGCAAGCUGGAGCACAGGCUGGAGCCAGUGGCGGCGCCUACGUUGGGGCGGGGGCAACAGCUGACGCGACUAGCAACUCGAAUGCUAACGUCAACACGAAUGUAAACACCAACGUGUACUCUGUCGCCAAUACGAACGCAAACGCAAACACAAACGCGAACACAAACGCGAACACAAACUUGAAUACGAACGUGAUUACGAACGUAAACACGAACGUGAACCAAAAUGGCGGCGUGAGAAUACCGGGUGGCUACUAUACCUCUGGCAACGUCCAAGCCAACGCUGGCGCCAACACUGUUGGUACCAACGGAGUGGAGCUAAUCCCUGAAAGACAAAUCGGUUAUGGCCGCCCUGGCUUCCCAGGGUAUAACAAGGAAAUCGAAGUGCUUCCUGUUCCUUCGAGACCUCCGCCAUCGUUACCAAUGUAUCCUAGACCCGACGUGAUCGUUCAUCCUGUUCCUACAUCGCCACCACAGCAAAUCCCUCACUUCCCGCCGCGCCCCCCACAUAAUGGAGGAGACUCGGUGAUACCGGUUGUCGUCGUGGAAGGUCCUCCGUUUGGUAGACCGAUGCCCCGGCCCAGACCGAGUCAUCGCCCGAAACCGAAGUACGAGCCGUUGCACAUCGUCGUGAUCGAGGCACCAGAGCCUCAACAAGGCCAAGCAGGUGGAAUUGGAAAGGGAUACUACGGCCCAACUGGUCAACUGAACGCUGGGGGCAUAGCCAGCGCGAAUGCUAACGCAAACGCAAAUGCAAACGCUGGCGCCAAUGGGAACCAGUACCCUGGAUCAACAGGCUACAUUCAGCAACCAGAACGCUACCCUGCGAGUGUUCCAUCUACCCCCAUCGCUUCUAGUAAUCCCUUCCUGAGUGGAUCAUCCCAAGCAAACGCUGGAGCAUUGGCCACCUCCAACGGAAACGGUUAUCCAGGUUCCCCGGGUCAAGCUCCAGGAUACUCCCCUGACAGUGGCUUUGGCGCCCCUAUUGGAUCAAACAAUCCUUUCUUAAACGGUCAAGCAGGCGCCAACGCAGGCGCCACUGCAACAGCCAACGCAAACGCAAACGCCGGCGCCAACGGCGGCACUCCAGUUCAAAUUGGAUCUCAGAAUCCCUUCUUCAACGGUCCAGCUCCUAACCCUGUACUCUACACCAACAACGGAGCUCCCACAGGUUCAUCUCUAGGAGGAAGCACUGCCAACGCAAACGCUGCUGCUAACGCUGGUGCUCAGACCAAGCCGAAAGGUGUGCCUACAUCGUAUCCAGGUCAAAUCACCGGACCAGGUAGCUACGUUCCGGUUUCUGGACCGUCAGGCUCUGGAGCAUUGGCCAACAGCAAUGCCAACGCUGGAGCUUCGUCCGGAGGAUACGUACAACCAGUGAAAACGGCUCCAGUGGUGGUUUUACAACCUAGUGGACCUGGCAAUGGCUUCGGAGGAUCUGGCUCUGGAGCAUAUGGAGGAUCUGGAUCUGGAGCAUAUGGAGGAUCUGGAUCUAGUGGGUACGCUCCAGUCAAAGGUAGCCCUAGCUAUGGAGGCUCCAGACCGAUCGGUGGCGGUGGAAACAUGUACGGCAGUUCAGGUCCUUCUGGGUCGGGUAGCAAUGGAUUUGCUGGAGCUAAGGCUGACGCAGCGGCAAAUGCUGGAAGCGGUGGUUUUGGAGGAAACGGUGGCGCUGGAAAUGGCUAUGGUCAGACAGGAUUAGGCUUUGGCGGCCAAAGUGGAGGAUUGUCUGGAGCUAACGCUAAGUCUGACGCCCUAGCCAAUGCUGGAAGCAGUAGUUUUGGAGGAAAUGGUGGUUCCGGAAGCGGUGGAUUCGGUGGAAAUAGCUACGGUCAACCUAGUUCCGGUUUUGGUGGAAAUGGGGGAUCCUCUGGGUCUAAUGCCAAAGCUGACGCGAUAGCUAAUGCUGGAAGCAGUGGUUUCGGUGGAAAUGGCGGUGCUGGAAGCGGUGGAUUCGGUGGAAAUGGUGCUGGAAAUAGCUAUGGUCAACCUAGCUCCGGUUUUGGUGGAAUUGGAGGAUCCUCUGGAUCUAAUGCCAAAGCUGACGCGAUAGCUAAUGCUGGAAGCAGUGGAUUCGGUGGAAGUGGUGCUGGAAAUAGCUAUGGUCAACCUAGUUCCGGUUUUGGUGGAAAUGGGGGAUCCUCUGGGUCUAAUGCCAAAGCUGACGCGAUAGCUAAUGCUGGAAGCAGUGGUUUCGGUGGAAAUGGCGGUGCUGGAAGCGGUGGUUUCGGUGCAAACGGCGGUGCUGGAGGUUUUGGUCAAUCAGGAUCGGGGCUAGGCGGAUUUGGAGGUUCCUCUGGGUCGAGUGCCAAGGCUGACGCUAUAGCCAACGCUGGAAGCAGUGGUUUCGGUGGAAAUGGUGGGGCUGGAACUGGCUUUGGUCAGUCAGGAUCGGGUCUUGGAGGAUUUGGUUCUUCUGGAGCUAGUGCUAAGGCUGAUGCGAGCGCUAAUGCUGGAAGCUUUGGUGGCGGAUAUGGCGGUUUCGGAAGUCAAAAUGUUAAAGGGUCUGGAGCUGGUGGAUCAGGAGGAUACGGCCAAGGCUCGUCGAGCGGUCUCACCAACGCCAUAUCGAACGCAAACUCCAACGCCUUCUCAAACGGAGGCUCAGCAAGCAGUUCAAGCAAAUCAUCUGCGUUUAGUUCCGGCAGCGGGUCAGCCAAGGCGCAGGCGUCCAGCGCCGCGACAGCUAGCAAGAUUGGUGCAUCCAGCUCAGCAUCAGCCUCUGUCGACACGAGAGACAUGCUUAUCUUCACCAACUAAUCGUCGAUAACCAUUAACGACGUCCUCCGAGAACCUACCGUGGACCAAGGCCACCAGAAGGUCACAUAAGGUCUUCCAAGCGCUUUGAAGCUGUGGAAAAUUUCGGAAAAUUGUGUGCAAUUAAGGGUGUGUGUUUGUAAUUUGGGACCAUUCAUGGUUGGGGACCAAAGAGGGUGAAAUCGUCCCUGUGAUGAUGUUUCUUUCUUCUCAGGAUAUUUUGAGAAUUACUGGAGAUAUUUAAAAGGAGUUUAAACAAAAUUUGCGUGAUUAUUUUGUACCUACGAGGUAGAGAUAUAGGAAUAAUUAUAAAAAUGAUUUAGAAAGCAUGGAUUCAUCGUUCUGUAGAUCUAAAUGUAGCAUGCAACUUUUGUUCAAACUUCUUUUCCAUUCUGAAGAUAUUCUCGGAUCUCAAGAAAAAAAAAUUUAUCUGAGAAGUUUCACUCUUCGACAGUUUUAAUUUAAAAACCUGCACUCAACGUUCCAAAAUUUUCUGAGCUUCAUGAUCAUUCGCAGGGUCCAAAAAGCUGCCAGUGAUCGAAUACUUUAGAGUCAUCGAUAAACGACCAUCGUUAACGCGUCGAGUGUCGCGAGAUCGUCGAUUUAAUUGCAAAACAAUUGCACACUUUGUUGACGUUUAGAUGACGGACUCGCACGCCUAGCGCAAUAAACAUGAUGACAUAACGCAUCAUUUGCUGUUACGUGAUAUUUAAUUGCGCCUCGUCGUUGGCGAGAUUUUUUUUGAAUGUUAUUAACAGAUUUAUCUUAACGAAACGAAAGAAUAUUCGACGCGUUAACGAUUCGACACUUUUAACCCUUUGCGUUCGACACCAUUUUUUCUAUGGCGACCUAGCAACCUCAGACGAUUUUUUGAACAUUUGACGAACUUAUGACUAACAUAUGUUUAUUUUACGCACGAAUUAAUGUACAUAAGCAUUAUAUUUAAAUAUUUCACGUAUCUUCACAUUUUGAAAAAAGACAAACGUUUCUAAUGUUACGUUUUAAUUUAUGGACACUCAUCAGGAUGCAUUUAUGAACGAAAUUUGUUUCUUUGAAUCGAUUUAACAAUAGACAUUUGUAUAUAGUUUCGAGACUUCGGAAAUAAUAAAGGCCUUUUUAAACAACUUUUCGCUACAAUGAGAAUUAACGCUGGAGAUGUCAAAGAGGUAAAAAGUCUUAUCGUUACUUGAAAGUGUACCAUUUUAUAAAGAACAUACUCGAUAUCAAUGCUUUGAGAAUCAAAUGAAUCGAACGUAGAGAUUGUCGUCUCUCAGUCGCCCCCUCGAAUUCAUACGUAAAGUGGCGACUGAGGGUUGUUCCUCGAGUGCAAAAGGUUAACGAAAGGACAGCGAUUGGUGACUUUGUGAUACUGUUCUUGCCAAUGUACAAUACAUAACGAAUACUCUUUCCACGUUAUCUCCAAACGCAUUCGUGCACAAUUUGUUUAUCUUCGAUCACGGAAACAAUUACACGGAUUCGUUGAAAACGGAGAGAAUUAAAUUAUUCCUAUUGAAUCGUUCCGCGUGGACCAAUUGGUUUGGUAAACGUUUCAGAAUGUGUUUAUUUUUCAAAUACUUUUUAAACUGAGGAGAUUGAACGAAUCGAUAAUACUCUGAUUAUUUAUCGGUAUACGACCAGUAUACGGCUAGAUCGUAGAUCGCUGAUAGUUUUACACGCAUAUACUCGCAACUCAACUUUGUAAAUUAUUUGUUUUUUUUUUGUUUUUUUUUGUAACGAAGUAAUUCGCGACGAUUGUAAAUUAGUGUCACGCGAACGUCGAAGAUUUUUUAAGGUAUUAAACUUCACCUUGUCGAAAUUAAAUCUCAAUUUUUGCAAACCCAGUUUGUUUUUCCUUCCUCUUCUAUUUUUUUUUAGCGAUCUCUAUUGUUGGCUACGAAACGAGAUUUUUAUGGUAAUAUUUAUGGUCUUGUCGAGUACCCACGAUUAAUUGCGCUGAUUUUUCAAGCGUUUCCAAUUCGACGUCGAGCGUAGUUCUCACAAUAUUUAUUUAUUGCGAACCAGCCGUACGAAUUCGAUGACGCACGUUUUUCUUUUAAUUUCAGCGGAAAAAUAUCUAGGUUAUAAAGUUAAGGCCCGACGAACGCCAUUAUUGGUGUUGCGACAUAUUUCUUUCCAUUCCUCUUUUUUAUGAUCGAUAUGAAUUCGUUGAAAGGAUCGAUGCAAAUUUUUAGAGAGCCGGCAGACAGUGGAAUACUAAAUACGUGUCACCGUACCGUAAAUAUAGAUUUUAGAAGAGGACAUUAAAAAUCCUCGAGAACUUUUAAAAAAGGAGGAAAAAUGGGAUUCGUGAUUUUCGUUCAGGAAUAUUAAUUUCCUUUAGAGUUAAUAUCGCAUUCAAACUCGAACUGUCCGUUGGAAAUGAAUGGAUUAUCAAGCGAAUGAAUAAAAUAAUUUUUAAGAAUUUUAAAUUAUUGGAUUUUGGUGAUAAACAAAUUAUUACAGGAAGAGGGAAGUUUAAUUUAGAAAAUUAGACUUCGCUUUUCUAGUUUGGAUUAAAUUUACUGAAUUUAUAAUGUAACUAUUGUUGUACUUUUGCGUUAAAAAAAUAACAGAAAAGAGAAGCGGAAGAGAUACAGUUGAAUAGGAGAAACUGCAGUUGAAAAGUGUCGAGAUGGUCGAGUCGUUCUUCCCGUACCGUUAAUAACCGUUCGUGCGACAUUCGUAAUUCGUCUGUUAUUAUCGAUAAUGACUUUUGCAUCGAGUAUCACUUAUUCCGCGGUUUCGCGGAAUUUCCGUCUAUUGUCAUGCCUUAUCGUACGACCGCGGACACCGGCCCUCCGCCUCGCUCUCUUACAUAAUAUACAUAUAUUGUGCUGUCUGUAAGAAUUGAAUAAACUUUACUUUUCCAAUACCAAAA